AUGCGCUUCUUCGAUCUUGGGACUUUGGCGAUUGUGGGCGGUGCCGGUGCUUUCAAAGUCACGGAGCACGAUAAACUGGCUGCUCUUGGCCUAGCAAACGUCGGAAUUGAUGUCGCAAAGAAUGGCUACCCGAAUCCUGGCCAGUGCACCCUGAAGAACGUGAAAGUUCGAUGCGAGUGGUCGACGCUCACGAAGCCUGAGAGGCGUAACUACAUCGAUGCCAUCAAGUGUCUUCACUCCAAGCCUGGUCUCACGCCAGCUAGGGUCGCACCUGGUGCAAGGAGCCGCUUCGACGACUUUGUCGUGACUCACGUCCAACAGACGUACUCUGUCCACGGAACUGCCAACUUCCUAGCUUGGCACCGAUACUACAUCUGGGCCUAUGAGCAGCUACUGCGUGACGAGUGUGGCUACAAAGGGUACUUGCCAUACUACAACUGGGCAUGGUGGCAUGAAGACCCCGCUUCAUCUCCCCUCUUCGACGGCAGUGAUACCAGUAUCGGUGAUGCUGGAGCCUACGUUCCUGGAAGGAACUACACUUGUCUACCUUCAGAAGCGGCGGGAUGCCCAAUCAAGCUUGAGCCUGGAAGUGGCGGUGGCUGUAUCUCGGGUCCUUUGGCAAACUGGACUUCAAGUAUUGGGCCUAUUCAAACCAAAGCCAAAGGAAUCAAGCCUAACCCACAAGCUGACGGUUUGGGUUACAACCCGAGAUGCUUAAGUCGGGACGUCAACAAGCACGCUGCUUACAGGUCGAGGGAUGAGGUUAUCACCGAACUCAUCAAGAACAGCAAGGACAUCCUUAGCUUCCAGAACCGCAUGCAAGGCGAUUUCCCGACCGGUUACCUUGGCGUCCACAGCGCUGGUCACUACACCGUGGGAGGAGAUCAAGGCUCCGACUUUUUCAACUCGCCAUCCGACCCCGCUUUCUACUUCCACCACGCUCAGAUCGACCGCACAUGGUGGAUCUGGCAGAACCAAGAUCUCAAGAACAGGAGGAAUGCGAUCGAUGGCACCAUCACUUUCCUGAACUCGCCGCCGAGUCGUAACGGCACACUCAAUGACACGCUGACCUUGGGUCCGAUGUUGGAUACGUUUAAAAACAUCACGAACAAGGAUGCGAUGAGCACGCUUGGAGGGCCAUUCUGCUACAUCUAUUUGUGA